GAUUAACAGUCCUUCAGUCCAGAUCUGGCUUUGUGAGACAUGCAGAGUUUUCCAUCAAACUCUCUCAACCCGAGGGCAACAGAUUAUACGUGCAUCCUGACAUGAAUCUCCGCUCUCCAUCAUUACAUAGGGAUCGGCGCCUACACUGAGGAGCAGAAGAAUGGCCCAGACAAGACUACUAUGUUUAUUCGUGUUUUUCAGUGCUGCAGAUCUUUUGUCUACUGCGAAGGCUCAGUAUGAAAAAUACAGUUUCAAAAGCUUUCCCCCGAACGACCUCAUGCCACUGGAGUCUGCGUACGGGCACGCGUUAGAGAUGUACGCUUCUCAGGACUGGAAACAGAGUGUUAAAUAUCUAGAGCUAAGCCUGCGGCUUCAUCGGCUACUGAAGGAUAGUGAAAAGUAUUGCAGUCAGAACUGCAGCGCAGGCCGAGAAUAUCAGGAGAAUAGCACGGACACUGCCCUCUUGAUCAUGGGACACAUCAUAAUGCGAGCCGCAUGCCUGAAAAGUUGCAAAACAAACUUUCCUGUGUUUUCUAAAACAUAUCCUAAACGAGAAACUUUAGGUGCUUUUGAACAGAGGAUACCCUACCGGUACCUUCAGUAUGUCUAUUACCAGAUGAAUGAGCUGGAGAGAGCAGUUUCGGCAGCACACACAUAUCUCCAGCGAAACCCUGGGGACCUUCUGCUAUCUAGGAGUCUCAACUACUAUAAAAGCCUGUUUGACAUGGAGGAAUACAUCAUAGACCACGAGGAGCAGCCCUAUGAGGCUUUAUUCCUGAAGGCUGUAAAGCUGUAUAAUUCUGGGGAUUUUAGCAGCAGUGCUCGAGACAUGGAGCUGGCAGCUGCUGAGUAUUUUAAAACAUACAACAUGUGUUUGCUGUCCUGUGAGGGGUCAUACGAUGUGCAGGAGUUUAAAGACUUUUACCCUACCUUAGCCGAUUUCUAUUUUGAAGUAAUGAAGUGUAAAGUAAAAUGUGAGGAGAAUUUGAUACCAAAUGUUGGUGGGUACUUUGUGGAGAAAUUUGUUGCCACCAUGUACCACUACAUGCAGUUUGCUUAUUACAAAUUAAAUGAUGUGCGUAAUGCAGCUCUGUGUGCAGCGAGCUAUAUGCUGUUUGAUGCAGAUGAUCAAGUAAUGCAGCAGAACAUCGCCUACUACAGAUACUACAGACAACAGUGGGGCCUGCAUGACGAGCAUUUCAAACCACGACCAGAAGCUCUUAGAUAUUACAAUCAAACAACCAAACUGAGGGAACUGCUGGAGUUUGCACAGAAUUAUUUACAGACAGAUGAUGAGAAUAUCUGCUUUGGUUUCUAAGGCAAUAGGUGCUUUCGCACCAGGUAGUUAUAGGAACUAGGCACCAGGGCAGUCCCCCGAGAACUGAGUUUCCCCUAGGGCCAUUUUCCUGGUCGCAUUUGCACCACAAAUUGGAACUCUGAAGUGACAUAAGCUGUCACUUGCGUCCUGCCACACUGGUGCAGCAGACUUUUAUUUUGGCACAGUUGACAACAACACAACCGCUUGUUUCUGCAAUGAUGUGUUUAUGUUGUGUUUAAGUGACACAAGCAAAAAAAAAAAGCAAAAUUUGGUAACACUUUCUAUGAAGCCUGUAUUUACAAUGCAUUAUAAGGGUAUUCUUAAUGCAUUAUAAUACAUGCAUAAUGCCUUAUAAACAACCUUAUAUUAUGUUGUAUCAUCUUAUAACUAAUCAUCAUAACAACAUGUACAAUACAUUAUAAUACUUACCUAUUUGUGGCUAUAACUUUUAAGAGUACAAUUAUAACACUUGAUGAAGUCUGCAUUUAUAAUGCAUUGGUAUAUUUAAUGCAUUAUAAUACAUGCAUAAACAACCUUAUAAUGUGUUGUAUCAUUUCAUGAAUAAUCAUAACAACAGUAAUAAUACUUAUCUGUUUGUGGAUAACUAUUAAGAGUAUGAUUUAUAACUAGUGGUGGAAAGAGUACUGAAAAUUUGUAAUCAAGUACAAGUACUAAAAAAGAAUAUGACUCAGGUAAGAGUAAAUAAGUAGUUUGCUGAAAACCUACUCAAGUUACUACGUUACAAAGUACUUCAGUAUUAUUUUUUCUAUUUUUACACAAAAUGAGGUGAGGUUAGCAAUAUGGAGCACUAAACACUCUCAAGUAAUCUGUUUUAUUCAUACUGGAAGCCAGAGGGUGCCCUCGCACAGAAAGUCCACAAGUGAGAUUUAUAGAAGUAUUAAACUUCCAGGAAAUCCCUUAUAUGGACAUCAGAUAUUGCUACAGCUGAAUAAACAUGCAGAUAGAGACAUUUUGAUUGAUGAAACAUUUAGACAAUAGACAUAGUUGAGAUGAUAUAUCUGUGCUUAUCUGUGUUCUUUAAGCCAUCUUGGGUAUUUUUUCAUAAGAAUAAUGUAUAUCUAUAAUGCAAUGCUAAUUGACAUAGCCUAUAUCAUAGAAUUUUAUGACAUAACAGGGUUCCCUUUCGAUACUUCACUCGUACGUAUGGGGAAAGGUCUCCUUUUUCCCCGUUACUGAAGCCUUUUUCAAUAACGCAGUGUAACUGCAUUGUCAUUGGUUCACUC